UCAUACAUCAAAUUUGAUUUAAAAAGCGAAGAGUUUGCUGUUUUCGCUUAUAAACGAACGCAACAUUUCAACGCGAAGGAGUAAAAAUGUGGGCAGUGCAAAGUUUAAGCAAAGUAUUACUCUUCCUGGCGCUUGUCAUCGGACCGCAGCUAACCUGGCAGUUGUCACUACCAACCGAUCCUACAUAUCAAGCUGGCGUGGUCGAGUUUAUGCCUGGUGUGGGCAAAGGCAAAGCCAAAGUACAUGAAGCCCUCAAGCGCAUGAAAGAGGUCAUUGAAUCGAAUGGCACACGCGAUUUGGAUAUACUAGUCUUCCCGGAGUUCGUACUGAAUGAUUAUACGUUCCGUACUUUUGUACCCGAUCCGACGUUGCAGAUUGCACCUUGUGAAAUACCGAAUUAUGAUUACUUUCUAACGGAGCUUUCAUGCGCGGCACGUGCGCGUCAACUCUAUUUGGUUGUCAAUUUGUUGGAGAAAGUUUUUUGUGCUAAUGACACUACAACAGUUGGACGCUGUGAUACGAGUGGUCUGAACACAUACAACACAAAUGUGGUGUUCGAUCGCCACGGACGUGUCGUAUCGCGUUAUCGCAAGACACAUUUGUACCGUUAUGAGUGGUAUGAUGUGAACGUAUUGCCACAAGCGGAGCUAGCAACUUUUACCACCGAUUUCGGUGUGACUUUUGGUCACUUUAUAUGCUUCGACAUGCUUUAUUGGGACCCCGCUGAGGUUUUGAUAAAAGAACGUGGUAUUACCGAUAUUAUCUAUCCAACCUAUUGGUUCAAUGAGCUACCCUUCCUCACAGCCGUGCAGUUGCAAGAGGGCUGGGCGUUCGCCAACGAUGUCAACUUACUAGCCGCGGACGCCAGCAAACCGAGUGGACAAAAUAGCGGUUCGGGUAUUUAUGCAGGCCGCCUAGGUCGUCUCACAGCUGUCAAUAAUGAGGAACCCAACACACAACUGCUUACCGCAAGCGUACCUAAACGCGCCUAUCGUCAAAACUAUCAACCGCCACCGGUGAUACUGCCCAACUUUGUGCCGCAAGUCACUACACCACGUUUCACCAAACUCAAUAUGUUGCGCGACUACAACGUGGACAUCUUUAAGACACAAUUGCUGUCCGCGGACUUCACGACAGUGGAUGAAACUUUGUGCUACGAUAGUCAGUUCUGCUGUCACUUUCACACCACGCGUUCCGUUCUGAGUACCGCGAAUACUUACGCCGCUUAUCGCUAUCGACUCGCAGCUUACAGCGGCUCGCGCGUCACGCAUCAACGUGUCGAUCCGGCGGCUUUGAAGGUGUGCGCUGUGAUCGCAUGCACCACUGCGGAUUUGUACAGUUGUGGUCGCAUCUUCCCUGAAGGCGUCUCAGUUGGUAAUACCUACUAUUUUAAUACUUUGAAUGUCAGCGCUUCGUUCCCGCAUGCGCCCCGACGUCUCAUUAUGCCGACUAGUGCAGAUGGCAACAUCAUGCCGCUGCCAGUGCACACUUAUGAAUGGCAAGAAUUUGAGAGCAACAACACCACAGCAAUCUCCAUCAGCUUGAAUUAUCCCAAACUGGAUAUACUAACCUUCGGCAUUUGGGGUAAUUAUUAUACCACCGAGGUGAGCACACAUAACUUUGAUCCGGUAUGGCAACCUGCGCAGGGUUCGUCCGGCGCUUCAAAGCAAUUUGGUGUGAAGUUUGUAAUGGUCUCAUUGUUGCUGGCGUUUAUCAAGUUUUUCUAGGUUAAGCGCUUUAUAAAUUGUUUACUCAAGGGUUGGGAAAAUCUUUUGUCCAGGCUUAAGUAUGAUAUAUAUAUAUACUUUUGUUGGUGUUUUUAAUAAAUCUUUAUUAUUUUAUAA